AUGUUCUCCAAGAAGCCGCACGGGGACGUGAAGAAGUCCACCCAGAAGGUGCUGGACACCAAGAAGGACGCGCUGACCCGCCUCAAGCACCUGCGCAUCGUCAUUGAGAAUGCAGAAUCCAUUGAUCUUAAACAGUUUUUUGACCAACAUUUUUCACAUAUAUAUUAUGUGUUUUUUGAGAAUUUUGUUACUAUUGAAGCUAGUCUUAAACAGAAAGGUCACAAGUCUCAAAGGGAGGAAUUGGAUGCUAUACUUUUUAUUUUUGAGAAAAUUUUGCAACUUCUUCCAGAAAGAAUUCAUCAGCGAUGGCAGUUUCAUAGUAUUGGAUUGAUUUUAAAGAAACUACUACACACAGGAAACUCCUUGAAGAUUAGGCGGGAAGGUGUUCGGCUUUUCUUGUUAUGGUUGCAAGCUCUUCAGAAUAACUGUAGCAAAGAACAGCUUUGGAUGUUUUCAUGCUUAAUCCCUGGAUUUUCAGCGCCGCAGUCUGAAUAUGGACCUCGAACUUUAGAUAAUCUCAUUAAUCCUCCACUCAACCUUCAAGAAACUCAAGUCACUAUAGAGGAAAUCACUCCACUUGUCCCCCCACAAUCAGGAGAUAAAGGACAAGAAGAUCUUACAAGCUAUUUUCUUGAAGCACUUUUAAAAUAUAUAGUAAUUCAGGUUAAAAGUUUAGAAUGGAAGAACAAAGAAAACCAAGAAAGAGGAUUUUCAUUUUUGUUUUCACAUUUUAAGAAAUAUUAUUUGCCUUAUAUUUUCCCAAACAUCUGUAAGGAGAAUAGUUUAUAUCACCCUGUACUUGAUAUCCCACAGAUGAGACCAAAGCCACAUUAUGUCAUGAUAAAGAAGGAUGCUGAAACCAAUGAGGCAAUCUAUUGUACAAAGGAGCCUUUCAUUAAGGCUCGUGUUAUUGUCAUUCGUUGGCUGGUUUCAUUCUGGCUGGAGCCAAAGCCGCAUACAGGACCUCAUAUUCCUGGGAUGGAAGGUGAAGUCUUGCCAAAAAAUAUUCAGAGAGCAGCUGCUAGUUUGGUAUCCAGAGAAGAAAACAAAAAUGAUAAUGCUGAUAAAGCAGAUAGAAGUACAGAACCUGAACAGUCUCAUUCCAACACAAGCACUCUCACGGAACGAGAACCUAGCUCUUCUAGUCUCUGUAGUAUUGAUGAAGAGCAUCUCACAGACAUUGAAAUAGUUCGCAGAGUUUUUUCUUCUAAAAGAAGUAACGUUAACUUUGUCACAGAGAUAUUUCGUCAGGCAUUUUUAUUACCAAUUUGUGAAGCAGCAGCUAUGAGAAAAGUGGUAAAAGUAUAUCAGGAAUGGAUCCAGCAAGAGGAAAAACCUUUGUUCAUGCAAGAGCCUGAAGAAAUUGUGAUCUCUUCUUCAGACCUUCCAUGCAUUGACAAUGUCACAGACCAUGAUAUUUCAAUGGAAGAAGGAGAAAAAAGAGAAGAGGAAAAUGGGACCAAUGUUGCUGAUCAUGUUCGAAAUUCCACUUGGCCUAAAAAUGGCACCUACCAAGAUGUUCUUCAUAAUGCUUCUGAAGAAGCCAUAGAACAAAACAUACGAGCUGGUGCCCAGGCAGUUUUGCAGGUGUUUAUUAUAAACUCUUCAAACAUAUUUCUUCUUGAGCCUGCAAAUGAGAUAAAAAGUCUUCUGGAUGAGCACACAGAUAUGUGUAAACGAAUUCUUAACAUUUAUCGGUUCAUGGUUGUACAAGUAUCAAUGGACAAAAAGACUUGGGAACAGAUGCUGCUUGUGUUGCUCAGAGUCACGGAGUCUGUACUGAAGAUGCCAUCACAAGCUUUUCUGCAGUUCCAGGGGAAAAAAAAUAUGACUUUGGCAGGUCGACUUGCAGGACCACUUUUCCAGACUCUUAUAGUUGCCUGGAUUAAAGCAAAUCUAAAUGUGUACAUCUCUCGAGAACUUUGGGAUGACUUACUCUCAGUAUUGUCAUCGUUGACCUAUUGGGAAGAGUUAGCCACUGAAUGGUCGCUGACUAUGGAGACACUAACUAAAGUUUUAGCUAGAAAUUUAUAUAGUUUGGAUCUCAGUGAUUUACCGUUGGAUAAGCUGAGUGAACAGAAACAAAAAAAGCACAAAGGGAAAGGAGUGGGACAUGAAUUUCAGAAAGUUUCAGUUGACAAGUCAUUUUCUAGAGGAUGGAGUCGCGAUCAGCCUGGCCAAGCCCCAAUGAGGCAGAGAAGUGCAACAACCACUGGUUCCCCAGGCACAGAAAAGGCCAGGAGUAUAGUACGGCAAAAAACUGUCGCCAUGAGAAGCCGAUCCAUUGGUGAAUGUGCUCUGCCAUCGGCCUAUAUACGCAGUGCUAAAAGUGCUCCUGUUCUGAUCCAUACUUCCAAACCCUUCUUGCCUGAUAUUGUUCUCACUCCCCUUUCUGAUGAGCUUUCAGAUAUUGAUGAUGCUCAAAUACUUCCUCGUCCAACUAGAGUCAGACAUUUUUCGCAAAGUGAAGACACUGGAAAUGAAGUUUUUGGUGCUUUGAGUGAGGAGCAGCCAUUGCCUCGAAGUAGCAGCACUUCUGACAUCUUGGAACCAUUCGCUGUUGAACGAGCGAAAGGUGCAGUUCCUGUCAUUGACAGUUCAUCCCGUCACGCACCGAGCUUGCAGAGUUCCACAGAGGCUUCUUCAAUCACUAGAUCCACUGAGAGCCACAUCACUGAUACUCAGAGUAGAGAGUCUUCUCUGGAAGUUGGUGAUAGCAUAUAUGACCAUCUCUGUCACUUAAUAGAUCCAGUAGAACUGGCAGAUUCAGCUUUUGAACAAAUCCAGUACAUUGACCUUGAAGGAGAUGAUGAUCUUGUUUCCUCCCUGAAAGAAUAUUUUAAGGAAACCCAAGAAAGUCACAGUAAAAACGAGUUAGAUAAAGAUGCAGCUUCGCAGGAGGUGAUCUCUGUUGCAGUAAAUAAGGAUGAAAGAUCAUCCUUAGAUAAAUUAGAGUACAUAGACCAGGAAAGUAAAUCAGAAAAUACCACCUCUUUUGUUGGAACUCCUGAAAACAUACAGUUUCAAAAAGAACCAAACUCCACUGUCUUCACAAAUAUUAGUGCACCCAACCAGUUAGACAGCUUUAUGAAAGCAAAAACUUCUGAAAAAUGUAAACAACUAAACAAUGAUAAACAGUCAUCGGAACCUAGUUUAGGUAGCCCUUGUGAUAAAGAAAAGAGAAAACAUCUGUACAGACAAACAGCCACAGAAUUAGAUGCCUGUAUAGAUAUAGCACUAGCUGAAAAGGUUAAGGGUGUGCAAAUUAAUGAAAAAAUCACUGUCCCACAUGUUUUGCAUGCCAAGAAAACGACACUAAAAGCACCUGUUAACCGUAGAAUGCCUCAUGUUACAAGCGCUAGCAAGCUUUCUCCAACUAAAAGGAGCUUGUCUGAAACAGUAACUCACAGAGCCAAAAUCAUGAAAAUUGCUACUAAAAAACGAAAUAGUGUUCAUGUUACUUUUAGACCUUCUACUGAGUCAGUCCAGUUUUAUAAUCCUCUGGAAAACAAAGAGGCUCCAUGGAAGAUGAGACUGCGAAAGCUCAGUGGCUUUAGUGGUGGUAGUAAUAGCAACAUCAGCAACCCCCACGCCAGCUCCACCAGUGCGGCAGAGCUGGUAAAGCCGGGUGUGUACAGGCCUCUAGACCCAGUUAGUGCAGCGGCAGCAAGCAGCGAGACAGUUCAGGAAACGACAGAGAUUCCCACCGCCGUAUUACAAAAGGGAGGAGGCGCAGCUCAUCAGUUAGGUAGUCGUAGUACUAUUAAGUCAUCAAGUCACGAGGCAGGACUACAGCAGGGCUCCCUGGGUGGCGUUUAUAAAACUGUUGUCCAUGCUCUUUCGAAGCCGAAGGCAAAUGUUUCCCCACAGAGGCAGAACAGAAUGCCACCAGAGGCUCCACUGAGGGAUCUGUACAGUCAUGUAAUGGGCUAUUUUGGAAGGAAAGCUGCAGUCAAUAAAGAGGACAUGAGCACAAAACUGCCUCCUCUUAAUAGUGAUAUUGGCAGCAGCAAUGCUAAUGUUCCUGAUCUGAUGGAUGAGUUUAUAGCAGAACGACUUCGAAGUGGUAAUGCCUCAACUAUGACACGAAGAGGAAGUAGUCCAGGUAGCCUCGAAAUUCCCAAAGACCUCCCUGAUAUUCUGAAUAAGCAAAACCAAAUGCGUCCUAUUGAUGACCCAGGUGUACCCUCAGAAUGGACUUCUCCUGCCAGUGCAGGGAGCAGUGAUCUUAUCAGCUCAGAUAGUCAUUCGGAUUCUUUCAGCGCUUUCCAAUAUGAUGGCCGAAAAUUUGACAAUUUUGGUUUUGGAGCUGAUACUGGGAAUGCAUCCUCUGCUGACAUGGAUUCAGGUUCUGGCCAUUAUCAGAGUGCAGAAGAGCAAGAGGUGGCUAGUCUAACCACUCUACACAUCGACUCGGAAACGAGCAGUCUUAAUCAACAAGCUUUCUGUACUGAAGUUGCAACGGUUACUGGUUCAGAAAGUGCCUCUCCAGUCCACUCAGCCCUGGGAUCCAGGUCACAGACACCUUCUCCUUCCACACUGAAUAUAGAUCACAUGGAACAGAAGGAUCUACAGCUCGAUGAGAAGCUCCACCACUCUGUUCUUCAGACACCAGAUGACCUAGAAAUCAGUGAAUUUCCGUCUGAAUGCUGUAGUGUGAUGGCAGGGGGCACUCUUACCGGAUGGCAUGCUGAUGUCGCUACUGUAAUGUGGCGAAGGAUGCUGGGUAUUUUGGGAGAUGUCAACGCUAUUAUGGAUCCUGAAAUACAUGCUCAAGUUUUUGAUUACCUCUGUGAACUUUGGCAGAAUCUAGCUAAGAUUAGAGAUAAUCUUGGCAUUUCAACUGAUAACCUGACCUCCCCUUCUCCACCGGUUUUGAUUCCUCCACUGAGAAUUCUUACACCUUGGCUUUUUAAGGCAACCAUGUUAACUGAUAAAUAUAAACAAGGUAAAUUACAUGCCUAUAAACUUAUUUGUAAUACAAUGAAAAGAAGACAAGAUGUUUCUCCAAAUAGAGAUUUUCUAACACACUUCUACAAUAUAAUGCAUUGUGGAUUACUUCAUAUUGAUCAGGACAUUGUCAAUACCAUCAUCAAGCACUGCUCUCCUCAGUUUUUCUCACUCGGCUUGCCUGGUGCCACAAUGCUUAUUAUGGAUUUUAUCGUAGCAGCUGGCAGAGUGGCUUCUUCAGCUUUUCUAAAUGCACCAAGAGUGGAAGCACAAGUUCUUCUGGGAUCUUUGGUUUGCUUUCCCAACUUGUAUUGUGAACUGCCUGCUCUCCAUCCCAACAUCCCUGAUAUUGCUGUGUCUCAAUUUACAGAUGUUAAGGAAAUUAUAAUCAAAACUGUGUUAAGCUCCGCAAGGGAUGAGCCCUCUGGUCCUGCACGAUGUGUAGCACUUUGCAGUUUAGGUAUUUGGAUUUGUGAAGAACUAGUCCAUGAGUCUCAUCAUCCUCAAAUUAAGGAAGCUCUGAAUGUAAUUUGUGUAUCCUUAAAGUUUACUAAUAAAACAGUAGCCCAUGUAGCUUGUAACAUGCUUCACAUGCUGGUUCAUUAUGUACCUAGACUUCAGAUUUACCAGCCUGAUUCUCCCUUGAAAAUUAUUCAAAUUCUAAUAGCCACUAUUACCCAUCUUUUGCCAAGUACGGAAGCAUCAUCUUAUGAAAUGGACAAGAGGUUGGUGGUAUCCUUACUUCUGUGCCUUCUGGACUGGAUCAUGGCCUUACCUCUUAAGACACUGCUCCAACCAGUCCAUGCUACAGGAGCAGAAAAUGAUAAAAUAGAAAAAUCUGUCCUUAAUUGUAUUUAUAAGGUAUUACAUGGGUGUGUUUAUGGAGCUCAGUGUUUUAGCAAUCCAAGGUAUUUUCCAAUAAGUCUUUCUGAUUUGGCAUCUGUAGAUUAUGAUCCUUUUAUGCAUUUGGAAAGCCUGAAAGAGCCUGAACCUUUGCACUCUCCUGAUUCGGAACGAUCUUCUAAACUCCAGCCAGUAACAGAAGUGAAAACUCAAAUGCAGCAAGGAUUAAUCUCCAUAGCUGCCCGCACUGUUAUUACACAUCUGGUGAAUCACUUGGGCCAUUAUCCAAUGAGUGGUGGUCCUGCUAUGUUAACAAGUCAGGUGUGUGAGAAUCACGACAAUCAUUACAGUGAAAGCACUGAACUUUCCCCUGAACUCUUCGAGAGUCCAAAUAUUCAGUUCUUUGUGUUAAACAAUACAACCUUAGUGUCCUGUAUCCAGAUCAGAGCUGAAGAGAGUAUACCUGGAGGAGGUUUAUCUGCUGGUCUUGCAUCAGCCAAUUCAAAUGUCAGAAUUAUAGUACGUGAUCUUUCUGGAAAAUAUUCAUGGGAUUCUGCCAUCCUGUAUGGACCACCUCUUGUAAGUGGUCUGUCAGAACCUACAUCUCUCGUACUUUCAUUGUCUCACCAAGAGAAGCCAGAAGAGCCUUCUGCAUCUCAUGAAUGCUUAGAAGAUAUAACAGUUAAAGAUGGGAUUUCCCUCCAGUUUAAAAGAAGUUUUAGAGAAACUGUACCAACUUGGGACACAAUAAGAGAUGAAGAAGAUGUUCUUGAUGAGCUUUUGCAGUAUUUAGGUGUAACCAGUCCUGAAUGCUUACAGAGAACUGGAGUCUCACUUAAUAUCCCUGCUCCACAGCCUGUGUGCAUUUCUGAAAAACAGGAGAAUGAUGUUAUUAAUGCUAUCCUUAAGCAGCAUACAGAGGAAAAAGAAUUUGUUGAGAAACACUUUAAUGACUUAAACAUGAAAGCUGCAGAACAAGAUGAACCAACACCUCAGAAACCUCAGUCAGCAUUUUAUUAUUGCAGAUUGCUUCUUAGUAUAUUGGGAAUGAAUUCCUGGGACAAAAGGAGGAGCUUUCAUCUCCUGAAGAAAAAUGAAAAACUACUUAGAGAACUUAGGAACUUGGACUCAAGACAGUGCCGAGAGACACACAAGAUUGCAGUAUUUUAUGUUGCUGAAGGACAAGAAGACAAACAUUCCAUUCUCACCAAUACAGGAGGAAGUCAAGCAUAUGAAGAUUUUGUAGCUGGUCUUGGUUGGGAGGUAAAUCUUACAAACCAUUGUGGUUUCAUGGGAGGACUACAAAAAAAUAAAAGCACUGGAUUGACUACACCAUAUUUUGCUACCUCUACAGUUGAAGUAAUAUUUCAUGUGUCAACAAGAAUGCCUUCGGAUUCUGAUGACUCUUUGACCAAAAAAUUGAGACAUUUAGGAAAUGAUGAAGUGCACAUUGUUUGGUCAGAGCAUACUAGAGACUACAGGAGAGGAAUUAUUCCUACAGAAUUUGGUGAUGUCCUUAUUGUAAUAUACCCGAUGAAAAACCACAUGUUCAGCAUCCAGAUAAUGAAAAAACCAGAGGUUCCCUUCUUUGGUCCACUCUUUGAUGGUGCUAUUGUGAAUGGAAAGGUCCUACCUAUUAUGGUUCGAGCAACAGCUAUAAAUGCAAGCCGUGCUCUGAAAUCGCUGAUUCCAUUGUAUCAAAACUUCUAUGAGGAGAGAGCACGGUAUCUGCAAACGAUUGUCCAGCACCAUUUAGAACCAACGACAUUUGAAGAUUUUGCAGCACAGGUUUUUUCUCCAGCUCCCUACCAUCAUUUACCAUCUGAUGCCGGCUCCUACCCAGAGAUCCUACCCAGUGAAACUCCCACAGCGGCACAGGUAGACGGGGCCGACCUGGCCUCUCCAAUGUCUCCUCGAACGAGCAAAAGCCGCAUGUCCAUGAAGCUGCGUCGCUCCUCUGGCUCCGCCAAUAAGUCCUAA